UUCUAUCAGAAAAAGUGAUGUACGGGAGGCUGAGGAAAGCAGGAGGAGGUGGUGGCGGCGGGAAGAUGCUGCUCUUUGGCGUAAAUUGCAAUCGAUUAGGGAUCGUUUCUCAAAAUCAAGUUAGAAGUGAGAGUUCAGAUAAGUGAGGCCGCCAUUGCUGCUUUGAACACCUCAGAAGGGGAGAAUGGAUUUAUCAGGAGUGAAAAAGAAGAGCUUGCUAGGAGUCAAAGAAAAUAAUAAAAAGUCCAGCACUAGGGCUCCUUCACCCACCAAACGCAAGGACCGCUCAGAUGAGAAGUCCAAGGAUCGCUCAAAAGAUAAAGGGGCCACCAAGGAGUCAAGUGAGAAGGAUCGCAGCAGGGACAAAACCCGAAAGAGGCGCAGUGCUUCCAGUGGUAGCAGCAGUACCAGAUCUCGGUCCAGCUCGACUUCCAGCUCAGGCUCCAGCACCAGCACUGGCUCAAGCAGUGGCUCCAGCUCUUCCUCAGCAUCCAGCCGCUCAGGAAGCUCCAGCACCUCCCGCAGCUCCAGCUCCAGCAGCUCUUCCGGCUCUCCAAGUCCUUCUUGGCGCAGACACGACAACAGGAGGUGCUCCCGCUCCAAAUCCAAACCACCUAAAAGAGAUGAAAAGGAGAGGAAAAGGUGGAGCCCAUCUCCUAAGCCCACCAAAGUGCAUAUUGGGAGACUCACCAGGAAUGUGACAAAGGAUCACAUCAUGGAGAUAUUUUCCACCUAUGGGAAAAUUAAAAUGAUUGACAUGCCCGUGGAAAGGAUGCAUCCCCAUCUGUCCAAAGGCUAUGCAUACGUAGAGUUUGAGAAUCCAGAUGAAGCUGAGAAGGCGCUGAAGCACAUGGAUGGAGGACAAAUCGAUGGCCAGGAGAUCACUGCUACUGCCGUGCUGGCCCCCUGGCCUAGGCCACCCCCCAGGAGAUUUAGCCCUCCCAGGAGAAUGUUGCCACCACCGCCCAUGUGGCGCAGGUCUCCCCCACGGAUGAGGAGAAGGUCCCGCUCCCCGAGGCGCAGGUCCCCUGUGCGCUGGAGAUCACGCUCCCCGGGUCCCCGCCACCACAGGAGCUGCUCCAGCUCCAACUCCUCCCGAUAAACAGGCCACUGAAGCUCUCACCCCUGUAACUUAUGCCCCACCCAGCUCAGUUUUGUCACUUUUCUAGCCAAAGACUUUGACGAGAUGAGAG